UCGUUCAGGGGCCGGUCUCAUGACUACGAAUCGCCGACAGAAGCACUUUGCGGAUGUGUGGAUGAUAUUGAAGGUAUCAGGCAUUACGUGUUGUCGGUUCUUCAAAUAAAGGUUCUGUGUCCAUAAUGAUCCGUACAGGGCUGUUUAUUAUUUUGGUAGCAGCUUGCAGCAGCACGUUUGUUCGGAUUCCGCUGUAUAAAUUCCAGUCAGCACGCAGAGCACUACAGGAAGCUGGUACAGAUGUGCAUCAGAUUCGACUGACAGAAAAUGUUGAUGGGCCUAUUCCAGAACCAUUAUCAAAUUAUCUUGAUGCACAAUACUAUGGUCCAAUAAGUAUUGGUGACCCACCUCAGAAGUUCCGAGUGGUGUUUGAUACUGGGUCAUCCAACCUAUGGGUCCCAUCGAAGAAAUGUCACUACACUAGCAUAGCAUGUUUGCUUCAUUACAAAUAUGAUUCUACAAAGUCAUCAUCUUACAUGAAAAAUGGAACUGAAUUUGAAAUCCAUUAUGGCUCUGGCAGUCUGUCUGGAUUCCUGUCCACUGAUACUGUCAAUGUGGGGGGACUUGAAGUGAAAAAGCAGACAUUUGCAGAGGCUGUAAGUGAACCUGGACUGGCCUUUGUUGCUGCAAAGUUUGAUGGUAUCCUGGGAAUGGCAUACAGCUCAAUAUCUGUGGAUGGUGUCAUACCCGUGUUUUAUAAUUUGAUCAAACAGGGACUUAUCUCACAGCCUGUCUUCUCAUUUUAUCUUAACAGAGACCCUGAUGCACCACAAGGAGGUGAGCUAAUUCUUGGUGGUUCAGAUCCCAAACACUACACAGGAGACUUCACUUAUUUGCCAGUAGAUAAAAAAGCAUACUGGCAAUUCAAGAUGGACAAAGUACUAGUUGGAAGCAGCUCCUUCUGUGCUGUUGGUUGUGAGGCAAUUGCUGAUACUGGCACCAGUCUUAUUGCUGGACCUGUGAGUGAAGUAACAGCUCUGAAUAAACUCAUCGGUGGCACUCCUAUUGUGGGUGGUGAAUACAUGGUGGACUGCAACUUGAUUCCCAAGCUACCUGUGAUUGAUUUUAUACUUGGCAGUAGGAAUUUUACCCUGGAUGGAAAGGAUUAUAUUCUUAGAGUGUCACAGUUUGGUCGCACAGUGUGCCUUUCUGGUUUCAUGGGUAUAGAUUUGCCUAAAGGCCCUCUCUGGAUCCUAGGUGAUGUCUUUAUUGGCAAAUUUUACACAGAGUUUGACAUGGGGAAUGAUCGUGUUGGAUUUGCAGUUGCUGCAUAGAAACUAUGUGUGAUUUACCAAAGUUAAGUUCUGUUUUUAGUUAAAAGUAUAUAUCCCAUUUUUCAGAGGUUUUCAUGCAGUGUAAUAUUGAGCAUUUGUGUGUAUUGACCCAAUAGCUCAUCACAGUGUACUAGAAUCCCAAAUUGCAAUUGGAAUAACUUGAUGUUUUCAUGGCAGUGAAGAUGUCAGUUAUGGUCUUGUGGGCUGUGAAUUCAUGUGGUUGCUUGGUAAGUGGUUACCAUCACAUAAGAGGAACAUUAGUACGUUCUUCUCAGACAUCGGUAGCCACCUACAAAAUUACGUGGUAUCUCAACCCAGAAGACCAAGUGAUGUUACCUGUUGUGUUUCACUUAAAUGCUGGAUUGUGAUAUAAAAAUAAUUGUAGUGUACUUUAAA